AUGGAAGCAGCAGGCAUAUUUUUAUCCCCUGCUUUGCAAGUGAUCUUUGACAGAUUGGCAUACCCAGCCCUACAAAAGGUUGCUGAAAUCUGGGGUGUCGAGGACAACCUCGACAGCCUACGAGAUGCCUUGAUGAGGACUCAAGUUAUUCUUCAAGAUGCAGAGGAGCAACAAUUAACCAACAAACCUGUUAGGCUUUGGUUGUCAAACCUCAAGAGUGCUGCUUCUGAUGCUGAGGACAUUCUGGACUUUUUAUCGCUUCCGAAGCCGUCUUCCGCUUUAAAAACCCAGCUACAUAUUUCAGAACUCCACAGAUUAGAAAAGACGAUAAAUGAGGGACUAUCGACAUUUAAUUUUAGAGUGCCUUGCACAGAGGAAGACUGGCUCUUGCGUCGGCGACUCAAAUUCUUCACUAACAAGAGGGAGACUGGCUCUUGCGUGGUCGACUCAAAGAUAUAUGGAAGAGAUGAUGAGAAAGAGAAGUUAGUCAAACUGUUAGUAUCUAAGGGAACUUCCCAGGAUGGAUAUGCAACUUGUAUUCCAGUAAUUGGUAUUGGAGGAAUUGGCAAGACCACACUUACUCAGUUGGCAUAUAACGAUGAGAGGGUAGUCAAACACUUCGACUCUAGAAUAUGGAUUUUUGUUUCUGAGGAUUUCGAUGUCAAGAAGAUUAUGAAGACAGCCAUUGAGUGUGCAACAGAGGAUGAAUGCAAGUUGUCGGAGAUUGAAAUACUUCAGUCUCGGCUUUCGAAAUUGCUACAGAAGAAAAGAUACCUGAUUGUGUUAGAUGAUGUUUGGACUGAAGACCAGGAUGAUUGGGACAAUCUAAUACCUUUGCUUACAGGGGGUCUUGAUGGCUGCAAAAUCAUUGUCACUACCCGCAGUCAAAAAAUUCCAUUCGUGAUGGACUUCCCGAAUUCACCAUUUUAUUUAAAUGGUUUGAAGAAUGAUGAUUGCUGGUCUUUGUUCAAGCACCGGGCAUUUGGACGCGGAGAAGAAGAGAAGUAUCCAAAUCUUACACGGAUUGGAAAGGAGAUUAUCAAAAAAGUAGGAGGUGUGCCGUUAGCUGCAAAAAGUUUGGGAAGCUCAAUGCGCCUGAAAAGAGAAGAAAAACAGUGGUUAUUUAUGCGAGAUUGUGAACUCUGGGAAUUAGAUGAAAGCCAACAUAAAGUUUUCCCUGCCCUGAUGUUAAGUCUACCACCACAUCUUAGACAAUGCUUUGCAUUCUGUUCACUAUUUCCCAAAAAAUAUGAGUUCAAUAAGCACAAGUUAAUUCAUCUAUGGAUGGCAGAAGGCUUCAUUCCAAAAGAGGGAAGCAAGCAACCUGAAGACAUUGGUGAGGAAUACUUUUCCGAAUUGUUGUGGAUAUCUUUCUUACAAGAAGUACGGCUACAUGAAGGUGGAGAAAUAAUUGGAUACAAGAUGAACGAUAUCAUUCAUGAUCUUGCACAAUAUGUUGCAGGAAAAGAAUAUGUGGUACUUGAACAGGGUCGGCCACAAAAUUGGUCACCAGCAGAGAUUCGCCAUGCAUCUGUUGUUUAUACAUAUGGUGCAAUUACAAUUCCAGAAACUCUAUAUGAGGCAAAACAUUUGAGAACUCUCUUAUUGAUCGGUGGUUCCGGCUUCUUAAACAUAGAUAAAAUUUAUUCAAGUUUUGAAUACUUGCGUGUGCUAGAUCUCAACAACUGUGAUCCUAUUGAUGUGCCUAAAUCCUUGGGUGGCUUCAUGUGUUUGAGGUAUCUUGACUUGUCUUACACGCUUAUCUCCCAGUUACCAGAAAACAUGAAGUAUCUCUUUUCUUUGCAGACCUUAAACCUAGUUGGUUGCAAUAAUCUUGAGAUUUUGCCUUCUUUGGGAUCCAACCUAAGACAUCUUAACUUAAGUGGAUGUGUGCGUUUGACUGGUAUGCCUUCUACAAUUGGAUUGUUAGUUCAACUUCAGACAUUGCCACUUUUUGUUGUGUCGAAGAAGGCGAGGAGUAUUAAGCUGCAUUGUUUAAAUCUUUAUGGUGAGUUGAAUAUUACUGGCUUGGAGAAUCUUAAAGAUGCUUCUUCAGCAAAACUGCAUAUGAAGAAAAAUCUUGAGUCAUUGGGAUUAUACUGGGGUUCUAUUCUGGGAUUUAAAGAUUCAUUCGCCAAACCACCUAAUGCCCCACCUGAAGUAGGUGUCUCGAGAUCACAUAUAGCGCCGCAACUUGAACAGCUUAUUGAAAGCCUGCAACCACACAAAAAUCUGAAAAAGCUAGUUAUAAAUGGAUAUCCAGGAACCAAAUUUCCUGAUUGGGCUCUCCCAAAUCUUAUUGCCGCUGAUUUCACCAACUGUAGAAGUUGUAAACAUCUUCCAGCCCUUGGGAAUCUUCCGCUACUUAAGAUGCUUUCUUUGCAUGGAAUGCAUGGCGUUGUGAGAAUUGGUAGAGAGUUCUAUGGUGACAGCACUGACAUAUGGUUUCCAUCACUCGAAGAACUAUCAAUUAGUGAUUUUGCAAAGUUGGAAGAGUGUUCAAGUGCAAAUUAUGGAAAUGCAUUCCCUAGAUUGAAGAAAUUAACUGUAAAGAGUUGCCCCAAGUUAGCACGUAUACCGCUACCUCAGUCCCUUCAACAUUUGGAGUUGCGAGAUUGUAAUCAUAGGAUGAUGCCCAUGGCAGAUUUAAGUUUGCUAUCUGUGCUUAUUCUUGACAAAAUUCCAGAACUAGUGUCUCUCCCAGAAGAGCUUUUUGCAUCAGCUAGACUGUCUUCCUUGAAGAUUUUGUCUUGCCCCAAGCUUCAUUCAAUGCCUUUGCAUAUGCAAAACCUUAGUUCUCUGAAAUCAUUGACCAUUCGUUGGUGUGGAGAGUUGUUCUCUCUGCCACAAAGUUUGCAGAACCUUAAAGCUCUGGAGUCAAUGGAGAUUAGUGACUGUCACAGUCUAACAUCCCUGCCAAAUUGUGGAAUUGCAGGUUUGGCUUCGCUUCGAACUUUGUCCAUUGAAAACUGCAGUAAACUAACUUCUCUGUCGUCGAGUUUGGAGCAGCUCACAUUGCUUGAGCACUUCACCAUCAUGUACUGUCCAAAGCUUGGUUCCUUUCCAGCCGGUGUGCAACACCUGUCCUCCCUUCGAAGUUUGAUCGUUCUGAGCUGUCCUUGGUUUGAUUCUCUGCCAGAAGGGUUGGAAAAUGUAAAGACCCUGCACUGCUUGGAAAUUAGUAGCUGCCCCAAUCUAACAGCUUUGCCAGAAUGGUUUGAGGAUCUUGAUUCUCUUAGAUCUUUGACCAUAUAUGAUUGUCCUAAUUUAAAACUGUUGCCACCGGGUUUCAAGCUUCUCACUAAACUCCAGCACCUCUCUAUUCAAGAAUGUCCUGAGCUUGAGGAAAGAUGUAGACGCGGUAGCGGUGAGGAUUGGUCGAAAAUAGCCCAUGUCCCGCAUAAGUACAUUGGAUCGCCUCAAGUCAGGCAGUCUGGCGAUGCAAGCACAUCUGGCAGCUCUUCUGUCCAAGCAUCUUCUCAGUAA